GACUCAUAUAGAAAUACAGAUUCAGAGUCGGUCACUGUACUUCUUACAGAAGUCUGUAAACAAUGGCAACGAUUUCAACAGCUUCAAUGCUCGACUCCAAUUUCGACGUCGACAAGCUCACUUAUGAAAUCUUCUCCAUCCUGGAGAACAAAUUCCUCUUUGGAUGCGAUGAUCCAAAGCUUUCUCUCACAAAUGAAAAUGUAAUUCCGGUAAAAGGAAUGAAAUCCGGCAAACAAUUCAAUGGAAAAGUCAGAAUUCUCUCCAUCGACGGCGGUGGUUCCAUGGACGGCAUACUCGCCGCCAAGUCUUUAACCCAUCUGGAGUCCUAUCUGCGUCGAAAAUCUGGAAAACCGAACGCUGCCAUUGCAGACUACUUCGACGUUGUCGCCGGCUCCGGCGCCGGUGGCAUCCUAGCCGCCCUUCUCUUCACUCGAGGAAAAGAAGGCGGCCCAAUGUUCACUGCCGAUGGAGCUCUAAACUUUAUGGUGGAUAAUCAACGGAGAAUUAGCCGGACAUCACCGGGGGGAAUACUCCGUAGAGUGUUCAGACCAGCGAAUGCUGAGAAAGUGUUUUGUAGGACAUUUGGGGAUUUAACACUGAAGGACGCAUUGAAGGCGGUUUUAAUACCGUGUUACGAUCUCAACACCGGAGCAGCGUUCUCUUUUUCGCGUGCCGAUGCUUUGGAAUUUGACGGCUACGAUUUCAAGAUGAGGGACGUGUGUGCGGCCACUUCGGCUAGUGUUAGGCCGGUUGAGAUGAGAUCUGUGGACGGAAGAACGAAGAUCGUAGCCGUCGGUGGUGGAGUGGCCAUGAACAAUCCGACGGCCGCGGCAAUCACGCAUGUGCUUAAUAACAAGCAGGAGUUUCCUUUAUGUAAUGGAGUUGAGAACCUGUUGGUUGUGUCCCUUGGUAAUGGCGAGCCACACUCAGGCGCCGGAAAUCUGACGGUUUCACCGGCUGCCUUCGUUAAGAUCGCCGGAGAAGGAGCUUCCGACAUGGUUGAUCAAUCUGUAUCCAUGGCAUUUGGUCAGUCUCGGACAAAUAAUUAUGUUCGUAUUCAGGCAAAUGGGACUGUUGGCAGAAGGCUUGGAAAUCCAGAGAAGGUUAUGAAAAAAAGUGACAAGAUAAACAUGUUGGCCAUGGCGGAGGAAAUGUUGGCACAGAAAAGUGUUGAAUCUGUGUUAUUUCAGGGGAAGAAGCUAGUUGAAAGCACCAAUUUGGACAGGUUGGAGUUAUUUGCUGGAGAGCUAAUCAAGGAGCAAGAACGGAGAAAAACAAACAUUUUACCAACAGUGAUAUUGAAACAGGCAUCACCAUCUCCCAGAACAUCCUUUGCCACGACUUUGUCAACCGUGUCUUCGUGUUAGUCGGUUUAAUGUGACGUAUUUAGAUGAAUUUAUUCGAUAUGCAUAGCUGCCACUCCCGAUGAAUUAAGGCGCCCGAGUCCAUUACAAAUAUGAUUAUGGUUGAGUUGAGUUGUGUUGUAUGUAUAAUUAUAAACAGUCUUAAUUUUGUAUAUAUUUGGAAUUGAGAGAGAAUUGUUUGAUGCUAAACAUAUAUAUUAACUAAAUUGGUGCUUCUACUCUUGUGUAUUUAGUAGUAAUGAAAUGGAUCAGUUAUUGAU